AUGGGCCACGGUUUCAGCGACCCGAAUGGGUCCCAGGGGGCGCAGAGAGAGCCGGGGUUGAGUGACGCCUCGGGGACCGUCAGGGAUGUCACGUUGGUCACCGCUAAAUCAAAAGCGAAAGACGGAGCGGCCGGACUCUCCCAGGGUGUCCCCGCCAGCACCGGCGUGUGGGACUCCCGGCGGGUCGCGGGGGAGGAUGUCCUCCGGCUAGAGACGCCCGCGGGGGGCCCCCCUUCCAGCGACGCGCUCCCGCCCGGGGAGCCCGGGGCCCGACAGCCGGCCCCCGAACCUCGGCCCCGCUCCCUUUCUUCUCAUUUGAUGUCAUUGAAUUCAGUCUUUUUUAGGUAUGUCUUUGGGAUCCCUCCUCUGAUCCUCGUUCUGGUGCCCGUGUCGUCUUCCCCCGACUGCGAGAGGAAGACGCUCAAUCGGGAGAACGAAGAGUACGUGAACGUCCUGCUGCCCGGGAUCAACCGCCUGAAGAACCUGUCCCACGCGGAGGUCACGGCUCAUGUGUCCAACAGCUGCCGGGGCAGAGAACCCAACUGGCUCAAGAAGCUUUCGUGCAGCGACUCUAAGGAAGGCAUGUAUCUGUACCUGUGUCAGGCGGCCUGUAAGAUGCUGCAGAUCGCCAAAGCCAACAUCGGCGAGGCCUUGAACCGACAGCUAAGUUUCGUCUCCCGGGACACGAUCGACAUCCUGUGUUGCAACUGCCACCAGGUCAGAGAGAAGCUACGCAGGGCAGAGAGAGAAAAAGAAACCGAAGAUCCCUCUCUGACCGAGCCCUACCCAACCAGGAGCGUGGGCAAGGACAGAGGCCCAAAGAAAGGGCGGAGGAAACAGAACCCAGAGCUGCGCUGUUUUCUGGAGAAAGCACUGUCUGAAUUCAUAAUCUGCUGGCAAAAGCGCUAUUCUGAGACGAGCCGCCUCGGCUGAGCUGCGGUGGCCCGGGCCGGCCCUUGGGGCGCUCGCGUGGCCACUCCCCGCUUGCCCCCGGGCGUCGCGGCAGAGGCUCGGGCCCCCGGGGGCCGCGUCUCGCCUCCCGUCGACCCGCCCGGGCGGCCUCCGUCCGCCCCACCGGCCCGUGCUCCUGCCGCUCUCCCGGGGUCGGCUAAGUCGGGCCGGCAGCCCGCCGCUUGCCCGCCGGAGGGGAGGCUCCACGUCGAGGUGGCCCGGCCCCCGGCGAGGCGGGAAGACCGGCGGCCCGGGCGGAGCCGCCGUGAGGCGAGGGGGCCGUGGGGCCGCCGCUCGCCUGGUGCGACGAGUUAAUUUUGACCUGGGAGCACGAAAGGCGUGCUGGAGCCUGAGUAUUUUCAGAGAAUAAUAUAUUGGCAUCUUAUCAAUGAAAUGUACAUACUGACUUUCGGAUGACGUACCCGAGCAUAAAUCUAUUUUCCUAGAUGGCUUA